AUGCCAUCCAUGACGACGCUGGAGAGAAUGGAAAAGGGAGAUGGUUCUGUGGCCGGUUCUGUAGACAAUGGGCACAGCCUCCCCAGGCAUCAUGAUAUGGAAGGAGAAACGGUCAAAUCAUCUGGGGCAAGACGAACCAUAGUUCUUGCAGCUUUUGUGGUAGUGCUCAUCGGUAUUGUAAUUGGGUUGACAGUUGGUUUUGUUACCAAAGAUGCCGGCCAAGAAGAUUCCAUGAAGGCUGCAUCAGCCUCUCAAAGCCAGAAUUCUGCUCCCGCCAAUGGAGGCAGCGAUGCGGCAAUUGAAACACCAAGCACCGAACAGGGAACUGAGAGUUUUGUGCCAGAAUCGGAAGAGGAAGCAGAAGUCGAGGGAGCUGAAGAGGAAGAAGCACCGCAAACCAAUGUCGCGGGAACCGAUGCACCACCCACGACAACGACGCAAAGCGUGAUGCCUGAGAAUGAAAGCACUUCACCGGAAACUCCAACACCAACCACCGAACCCCCGGUUCCUGAUUCAGGAAAUGAGGUGUCAAACAAUGAUAGCACUACAUCCCCAGCGGACACCACCGCUACGACUGCUCCGGAAUCCCCAGAACCCAGUACGAGUACCAGGCAAGGGUUAAUUAUUGACUAUCUUGUGGAAAAGGGCAUCUCGGAAAGGUCUCAGCUAGAAACCGAGGGUACCUACGCCAACGAAGCAUUGAACUGGAUAAGUACCGACGACCAACUUGUGUUGGCGGUGCCCUUGAUUGAAACCUCUGAAACAUCGGUGCUUCGCAAUUCAACUGAUGCAACGGAGGAAGAAGCAUUUGUAUUCCGGUAUGUAAUGGCGGCUCUUUACUUUGCAACGGCAGGGGACAAGUGGACCAAUUCCAUGAACUUCUUGAGCCCCAAACCCACUUGUGAAUGGUAUGCACCCGUCAAUGGGAUCCCUGAAGGAGUUGGGUGCACUCCAAACGGACACGUUGUCAUCCUCUUUCUCGGUAGCAACAAUCUUAGGGGUAACCUCCCCUCAGAACUCGGGUUCUUGAGCAGUCUCAUCAUGCUUGAUGUGGAUAGGAACUGGCUCGGUGGAGAGCUACCGGACUCACUCCAGUCACUAACAGACCUCGAACAUCUCCACUUGGGAUCAAACGGCCUUCAGGGCUCUCUGCCCAGCUGGAUCACAACAAUGUCUAGUCUUAGAACGAUCAACCUAGGCUACAAUACCAUGGAUGGACCUCUGCCCACUGAGCUUACGACCAUGCCCAUGCUCGAAGAACUGGCCUUGGACCACAACAUGUUUGAAGGGGAUAUCAAUGCCAUGUUCAGUUCGACAGUCGCUGGAUUGUCUCCUUUCAAGGAUCUCUACCUGGAUUCCAACACGUUCUCUGGACCACUUGACGAGAACUUUCUGGCUGGCGUGGAUGGGCUAAUGCAACUGGACAUCAGCGACAAUUCGUUCAGCGGAACUGUCCCAACUCAGAUCUUCAGCUUGCCUACAUUGCAAGUUCUGGAUAUCCAUGACAACGCCUUUACAUCCUUGCCCGAGACCUUCCCCGCCAAUUGCACCAUUGAGUUCUUUGCUGCCCAGAAGAAUGCUCUUGCAGGUUCCAUCCCCGAAUCGAUUGUGGAGCUUUUCGACCUUAGCCAUCUGGACUUGUCUCAAAACCAGCUUACAGGUACCAUCCCAAGGGCCAUCGGCGAAGUCCUUGUCGGGCUCAACUACUUGUUCUUGGCAGAAAACAGUUUCACCCCGGGUCCAAUCCCAUUCACAAUCACCGGCCUCUUCCGUCUCAAGGAACUGUCGUUGAAAUCCACCGCCCGAACCGGCGCUAUCCCCAACAUUCUUGGUCUACUUUCAGAGCUAGUCUUUUUGGAUCUGGACAACAACUCUCUCGAAGGAUCUGUGCCAUCCGUGCUUGGAUCGCUCUCCAACUUGCAGUUGCUGCUCUUGAACCGAAACAAACUCACCGGGGAAGUUCCCAGUGAACUUGGUCAGUUGUCCCAGCUGCAAGUCUUGUACUUGGAGGGCAAUGCAUUCACAGGUGGUUUGAAUGCUACUUGUGCCACCGUCCCCCUUCCCGAAGACAGGGAACUGGAGAUCAUUGCUCAAUGCGACCUCUGUGACGCUCAUCCAGGCUGUUGCACCAAGUGCUGCCAAGAAGGAGAGGGCUGCAAUACCAAGAUCCACGUAGCAGAUCUGGAUCCAGUUUGGCAGCUUGAUUAUGAACGAGAUGACUAUACAUUGCACGCAGAAGACUGGUGGACGGCUCGGUAGAAGAAGAAGAAGAGGAUGAAAGAAUUGUCUUUGUACUGUAUUUCAUUGUGCAGCCACCAACCUUGACAGAACCAGAUUAAUCUGCAGGCAGCUUCCUGUAGGGAGUGGAAGGAUGCCGCCGGCAAACACCGUAGCUUAGGAGAAUGAGAGACAUGCAAAUGAGGCGGCCAUUAGUUUGUUUGUGAACUAACCUAUAUAUAAUA